CUGGAUGAACUUCGGGCUGAAAUGGAAGAAAUGCGUGACAGCUAUUUAGAGGAAGAUGUUUACCAGCUGCAGGAGCUCCGGCGAGAGCUGGACCGGGCAAACAAGAAUUGCCGCAUUCUGCAAUAUCGUCUCAGGAAAGCAGAACAGAAAAGCUUGAAAGUUGCACAAACAGGCCAUGUGGAUGGAGAGCUCAUUAGGAGCCUGGAACAAGAUUUAAAGGUAGCCAAAGAUGUUUCUGUCAGACUGCACCACGAGCUGGAGAGCGUGGAGGAGAAACGUGUUAAAGCAGAAGAUGAAAAUGAAAUCCUUCGGCAGCAAAUUAUUGAGGUGGAAGUAUCCAAGCAGACACUACAAAAUGAGCUGGACAAGUUAAAAGAGAGUUCCCUGAAGAGACGAGGCAGCAGAGAAAUGCAUAAAGAAAAAAAGGCAUUUACCCAGCAGAAUUGCAAAACGGAGCUUCUUGGAAAAUACCAGCCACCAGGCAAAACACAAAGAAAAGUGGUUCUCCAGCGCAAGGAGGACAGCGCUGAUCUGAAGUGCCAGCUCCAGUUUGCCAAAGAGGAGGCAGCGCUGAUGCGUAAGAAGAUGGCCAAACUGGGGAGGGAGAAGGACGAACUAGAGCAGGAGCUCCAGAAGUACAAGUCCAUCUAUGGAGACGUGGACAGUCCCCUGCCUACUGGGGAGGCAGGGGGCCCACCCAGCACCAGGGAGGCCGAGCUGAAGCUUCGUUUGAAGCUGGUGGAGGAGGAAGCCAACAUACUGGGCAGAAAAAUAGUGGAACUGGAGGUGGAGAACAGGGGGAUUAAAGCUGAAAUGGAGGAUAUGAGGUGCCAGUAUGAAAAAGAGUGUCUCAGCAGGGACCACAUUUCAAGCAUUCCUACCUCGCCCUAUGGCGACUCCGUGGAGUCAGCCACGGAGCUGCGCCGGCACCUGCAGUUUGUGGAAGAGGAAGCAGAACUGCUGAGACGAUCGAUCUCUGAAAUUGAGGAUCACAACAAGCAGCUCACAAACGAGCUGAACAAAUUCAAGUUUGAGCCAGGCCAGGAGCCAAGCUGGUUGGAUGAUGCAGCGUCCAAGUGCGGCGGCACCUUGCAAGAGGAGCUGAAGUCGGCUAGGUUGCAAAUCAAUGAGCUGAGUGGAAAAGUGAUGAAACUCCAGUAUGAGAACAGGGUCCUGAUGUCCAAUGUCCAGCGUUACGAUCUUGCUUCUCACCUGGGCCUGCGCGCUUCCAGCCCCAGGGACAGCGAUGCCGACAGUGAUGCCGGGAAGAAGGAGAGUGACAGCGAAGAAGGUCGCCCACCCCAGCCAAAGAGAGAGGGGCCCAUUGGGGGUGAGAGCGACUCUGAAGAAGUUUAUGAGAAGACGUCGGGUUUUGGGAGCGGGAAGCCAUCGGAAGUCAGUGACCUGUGCUCCGCUGAGCUCAUGAGAGUGAAAGAGGGCACUGAGUCUUUAAUUAACAUCAAACGUGAGGCUGAGCGGCUUGAAAGGACUGUGGACCGCCUUAUCACCGAUACGGACAGCUUGAUUUAUGAUGCAAAGGUGCAUGUAACCAGCAGCCCAUCCACUGAGCAGGAUUUCAAACGUGGUGAGGAAAGGGAAGAAGAUAAGCAUGAACCAGAGCUUCUGAACACCAUCAACUCCAGGAUGAAAGCUUUCCGGAAGGAGCUGCAGACCUUCCUGGAGAAGGUUGAUCACAUUGGGGAGGGCCUUAAGGAGCAGAUGGAUGACCUCUCCCCUCUUCCCCAUCUCACAGAGUCUUCCAGUUUUCUAUCCACAAUGACAUCCAUGUCUCGAGACUCUCCCAUUGGUAACCUGGGGAAGGAGUUAAUCACCGACUUCCAGUCCAAACUGAGGGAUCAGAUGGAAUGGCAGCUCAAACAAGAUCGUGGAGAGGAGCGAGAGAUUCACCACCAGCGAGCCACCACCGACCCACACCGCAGAGCUGAUGGAGACAUUAAACUCUACAGGCCAGGAGACAAGGGCUGUUUCAGUCUAGAGAAUGUACCGAUACAGGAGCUUCAGGCUCAGCUUGAGCAGGAGACAAGACUUCACCGAGAGGAGCAAGAAAAGUUUACAGAAAGGAUCAUUCAGCUGGAGGAGGAGCAUAUGCAGACCCUGCGGAGGAAAGACUUGGAAGUGCAGAGCUUGACUUUGCAGAACAAACUGGAAGAGAAGACCUGGAGCCAGGAGAAGAGUCUGCUGCAGCAAGAACUCAGGCAUUUCAAGCAGGACACCUUUCUCCUGUAUGUCAAACUGAAGUGGCUGCUGAAACAUUGGCGGCAAGGCAAGCGAAUGGAGGAGGAAGGGGAAGACAUAUUAGAGAUCGAGCACCCUGAGGCCCUCCCAGACUUUGGAAUUAAGUCUGAGCAGAAGGCGGACGAUGCAGAGCAGGAGGAGGAGGAAGAGGACGUUGUGUUUGCACUGACAGAUUUCUCCCAGCAUCCCACCAUGGAGAGCACUGAUCAUGGACCACAGUUGCAGACUGCCGAAUUACUGCAGCAACAAAAGCAG